GCUCAAGUUGCGAAAUUUGCCGCUUAGGGUUUUGAGAACUGGAGAAGGUAUUUCGUGAACGGAAAACACACAGUUAGGCACCAUGUCACGUUUCUUUGCAACUGGGUCAAGUACGGAGUCGUCCUCCGAUGAAAGUGAUGAUGAUAUCGCCCCAGUACAACAGAAACCUGCGGCACCAGCUGCCCGAGUAUUUAUGUUCAGUGAUGAAGAAGAAGAUACAAAACGAGUUGUCAGAAGUGCUAAAGAUAAACGCUUUGAUGAAAUUAAAAGUUCAAUCAAACAGAUAAAGAACCACAAGAAAAUCAAAGACAUCGCCAAAGUAUUGUCUGGCUUUGAAGAUCUCUGCAAAGUGUAUCUGAAAGCCAAGAAUAUAAUUGAAAAAGAAGGCCAUCCAAGGUUUUAUAUUAAGUAUUUGGUGGAAUUAGAGGACUUUGUUAAUGAGUGCUGGGAAGACAAAAAGAAAUUCAACAAGAUUAAUGCCAAGUCUUUAGGUACAUUGAGACAAAAGUAUCGCAAAUAUUGCCGGGACUAUGAAAAACAAAUAACAGACUAUAAAGCGAAUCCUGAUGCUUCUGGUGAAGAAGAUGAGGUUCGUGAUGAUGAAGAUACGGAUUCUGAUUCUGAUGAUGAAAUAUCUGCAAGUGAUUUCCUUAAAAAAUCAACAACAGCAGCAGCACCAGUAGUUGUCAAAGCUCCACCGGUGGACAAAGUAAAAUUUCUGAAAACUGAGGACAGUGGUGAUGAAAGUGAUGAUUCUUACUGGGAUUCUUCCUCUGGUGAUAGUAGCAGUAGUUCUGAAGAGGAGGGUGGUUACACUGGUGCUAGUGUAGCUCGUCAGUUCUUAAAAAAGGGGGCUGGCGAUGAGAAGAAAGAGAAAGAAAAGAGAGAAAGGAAAAAGAGGGAAGGCAAGCGCAAAGAGGAGGAGGAAGAAGAUGAUGAAGAAGGGGGUUGGGAGGAAGUCAAAGGAGGAUAUAGAGUUGAAUCGAAACCCAAGAUGAUGUUUGAAAAGGAUACUGAAAUCACUACAGUAGUAGUCGUUAAGAAAUUAAAUGAAAUCCUUUCCGCCAGGGGCAAGCGAGGAACUGAUCGCUCUGAACAGAUUGAGCUGUUAAAAGAAUUGAGAUCCAUCGCUGUGUCUAAUAAUUUAAUGCUCGGCAUUGACGUCAAGAUUCUGUUUUCAAUUAUUGCUUCAAUAUACGAUUAUAAUCCUAAUAUUGCCACCAACAUGAAAUCAGAAAUGUGGGAAAAAUGUUUGAUGUUUGUUUCUGAACUAUUAGACAUUUUGAUAGAAAAUGGCAAUGUUAUUGUUGGUGAAAAUAUUGCAGAGGAAACUGAAAACUUAGAUAAUGUUGAAACGCCAUUCCGAGUACGUGGUUGUGUUCUUACAUUAAUUGAAAGAUUAGACGAAGAAUUCACUAAAAUGCUUCAAGGGUGUGAUGCCCACUCGUAUGAGUACGUUGAAAGAUUAAAAGACGAAAGUAAAGUGUUAGACAUCAUUGUAAGAGUGCAGAAAUAUAUCGAGGAACGAGGAACUUCGUCUGAAAUGUGUCGUAUAUUUUUAAGACACAUAGAACACAUAUAUUACAAAUAUGAUUAUGAGAAUUUGAAGAAAAUACAGGAUGCAAGAACUGGUGGCGUCAAAGAUAAAGAGGAAAAAGAGGAAACCAAGAAAGAAGAAUCCAAAAAUGAGGAGGAAGGGGAAUCCAAAGCAGAGGAUAAUAAAGAUGAUGAAACUGACAACAAAGUACAAGAGGAAAAUAAAAAGGAUAAAGAGAGUAGUGAUGAGAAAAAAGAAGAGUCAAGUGAAAAAGAAGAGACAAGUUCAGCGUUGAUGGAUCGUAUGUGUAAGUUCAUCUACUCUAAAGACUCGACUGACAUGAUAAGAACUCGUGCCAUUCUUUGUCAUAUAUAUCACCAUGCGUUACAUGAUAGAUGGUUUCAAGCAAGAGAUCUAAUGUUGAUGUCGCAUUUACAAGACACCAUACAUCAUGCUGACGUCCCAACACAGAUUCGUUACAACCGUAGUAUGGUACAACUGGGUCUGUGUGCUUUCAGAGCGGGCAAUAUACGAGACGCUCAUAAUGCCUUGCUGGAUAUUCAGAGUGGUGGCAGAGCUAAGGAACUUUUAGCGCAGGGUUUGUUGAUGAGAUCUAUGGCUGAUAGAAAUCCAGAACAGGAGAAAAUAGAGAAGAGACGUCAAGUUCCGUUUCAUAUGCAUAUUAAUUUAGACUUGUACCAUGAAUGAAUGUACCAUUAAAUGUUUGUAGUUAUUAUACUGUCAUUCAUUUGAUGUUCUUUUCUCUUUCCAGCACAUGAGUUUGAUACUCGUAAACGAAUGAUCAGUAAAAGUUUUCAUCAUCAGCUGCGGCUGAGUGAACGGCAGGCAUUGCUUGGGCCACCUGAAAGCAUGAGAGAGCAUGUUGUAGCCGCCUCAAAGGCCAUGAAAACCGGCAACUGGAAAGCCUGUAGAAACUUUCUCAUUAAUGAAAAAAUGAACGGAAAAGUUUGGAAUUUGUUCCCUGAGAGCGAGACUGUGAGGGCACUGAUUGUGAGGAAAAUUCAAGAAGAGAGUCUUCGCACAUAUUUAUUCACAUUCGGGAGUGUAUACGAAUCUUUAAGUUUGUCUACUUUGUCUGAAAUGUUUGAGUUGGAGAAACACAUUGUACACAGCACAAUCAGUAAAAUGAUCAUAAAUGAAGAACUCAUGGCAUCUUGGGAUGAACCAAGUGAGUGUGUUGUCAUGCACAGAUGUGAACCAACUAGGCUACAAAGUAUGGCGUUACAACUCUCAGAGAAGGUCUCAAUACUGGUAGAAUCAAAUGAAAAACAAAUGGAGAUGAAACAAGGGAAUUUCUACCACAGGCAGCAAAAUCGUGGUGACGGGCAACAGCAAAGGGAUUACCAAAAUAAAUCUUAUGGUGGUCGAAGAGGUCAACAAAGACAACAACGAUACAAUUAAUUUACGAAGAACCCUUUGCCGAAAUAGAAUAGUUAUUAUCCAACAGUAUCUCAUCAUUAACAUCAGUGUGUUACUAUGUGGGUUUUUACUGUUAACUGCAUGAAUGACCAACGUAAUCAGAUUGUCCAAAACAUGUAUUUAUACAAUGCUUUUAUGAACCAAGCCUGUUUGGCAGUUGUACUAACUUAAGUUGGUGAUGCAGUAUUGAGAAAGUCUUUUAUUGUUGCUACAAUACCCCCCCCCCCUCCCUCUCCAGGUCUCUACUAUUCAGUUGGAGAGUGAUCAAUAUUCUUAAUGGAAUAGACAUUUCUUCAAGAAUUAUUUUCUCCAAAAUGUCAAAUUACUUGCUUGAAUGGUUUCGAUUAUCAUGUCAUAAUAAAAUAAAAUAUCCAACAGCCUCUA